AUGACGCUCACUACUACUGCCGCAUUGCUUGCUUGUGCUACAGCAGCAUACGCACAAGGCUUUGGCGGCUACGGUGGUAACAAUCCAUAUUCCAAUGGCGGCGACAGCAGCAACGACAACGAUGGAGACAACAACAAUCCAUUCAGCGGCGGCAACUCCGGCUUCAGCUUUGGCGGCUUCAACCUCUCCCACUACCACACGGUCGUGAUAGCCCACGCUGUCCUGGCAUGUCUGGCGUUCGCAUUUCUAUUCCCAGUUGGCGGAAUCAUGAUCAGGCUUGCAUCGUUCAGAGGGCUCUGGUUCGUCCAUGGAAUCUUCCAAAUUGUUGCGUAUAUUUUCUAUAUCGCAGCGUUUGGCCUUGGAAUCUAUAUGAUCAACUCAAGUCCAUUCGAGAACAUGAUCGACAACGCUCACCCGAUCAUCGGGAUUGUCCUCUUUGUCGCGCUCUUCUUCCAGCCGUUCCUCGGAACCCUCCACCACCUGUUCUUCAAGAAGCAUAGCAGACGUGGAUCCUUCAGCUACGCCCACAUCUGGCUCGGUCGAAUUCUAAUCACAUUGGGCAUCAUCAACGGAGGGCUUGGUCUACAAUUUGCGCAGCGUUUCAGGCUUGCACCGCCCACUACUGGUGCCAUCAUUGGCUACGGUGUCGUUGCUGGAUUGAUUUGGUUGAUUUAUGUGAUCUCUGCAUUUGUUGGCGAGCGACGACGGCACUCUACGAGAGAGCUUUCUCCUCCACCUUACAAGGAGGAAUACAAACCACGACAGUACGCGUAG